AUGAAUAAUGCCAUAAUUCACAGUUCUGUUAUCACUGAGAGCCGUAGAGUUGAUCGUCUCAAAGAAGGACAAGCACAACAGGAAGUUGGCAAUCAGUGCACAGAAUUAGAGUACAAUGUAUUCUCACAAGACAGCUCUGCUCAAGUGGAACUCUAUGCUGAGGGUCCAUGCAACAAUUUGGGAAUUUCAAAACAAAUUCUAAACAUAUCUUUUCAAAAGUGUGAUUGCCCUAUUGGACUCCAACCAAUUAUGUCCUCAAUUGAGUGCAAGUGUGACUGUGAUCCAGUCUUGUUGCAGCAGAUAACAAACUGUUCUGAAGAAAAUGGGACCAUAAAGCUGGAAAGCAAUAACAACAUAUGGAUAGGAGUGACUAAUACCACUAACGGAAGUGGGUAUAUUGUUAGUAACUGUACAUUUGACUAUUGUGUACUAAAGCCAGUCAACAUCAGUCUAAGCAACCCUGACGAACAAUGUGCCUACAAUCGAAGUGGUGUCUUGUGUGGAGAAUGUGAACCAGGGCUCAGUCUUGUGUUAGGUACUUCAAGAUGUGAACUCUGUUCAAACUCUUACCUUCUCCUGCUACUCCCGUUUGCCCUGGCAGGCAUAGUACUAGUUGUAUUCAUUCUCCUUUUCAACAUUACCAUAGCAACAGGCACUAUCCAUGGGCUGAUCUUCUACACUAAUAUAUUAGCUGCAAAUCAGUCUAUUUUCAUACCUUUUCAUAACCCUUUGACAGUUUUCAUAUCGUGGGUGAAUCUUGACUUGGGUAUUGAGACAUGCUUUUAUGAUGGAAUGAACUCUCAUGCAAAAGUGCUCCUUCAGAUUGUCUUUCCUGCUUACAUGUUUCUUUUGAUGUUCUUAAUAAUCAUUUUGAGCAAGUACUUUGACUCAUUUGCAAAGCUCCUCUCCAACAGGAACCCAGUUGCUGCCCUAGGCACACUCGUCCUACUCUCUUAUUCCAAACUCUUGCAGUUUAUCAUUGCUGCAUUGCAAUACAGGGUCUUGGAUUAUCCUGAUGGUGCAACCGAGGUGUUGGAAUUUCCCAACAAUUCAAGUGAUAUAGUUUGGUUGUAUGACGGCAAUGUGCAAUAUUUCACUCUCGGUCACAUCCCUCGGUUUGUUUUUGCCGCCAUAAUCCUCAUCUCUGGUAUAUUGUUCACUGUACUGCUCUUCUUUGGACAAUGGUUUCCUCGCUGUUCAAAACGGAAACUCAUGAUAUGGACUAAGAACACAUACUACAAUGGUUUCAUGGAUGCAUACCAUGCUCCAUUCACUCCCAAGCAUCGCUACUGGGUGGGACUGCUCCUAUUUUCUUUGAUCGCUCAUAAUCUAAUAACUGCUUUGGCUUUGGACACUUCUCUCCCCGUACUAUCAGCUGGAUCUAUAAGUGUUGGGCUUAAUAUUUUCAAAUUGCAGAAUUAUGCAGUGUACAAAAUACGAUUCAAUGAUUUACUGGAAACACUCUUUUUCCUCAAUCUUGCAAUUCUAGCAUAUGGCACCCUCUACAUAGGAAACAUCAAUGGGAAUCAAGACAUAAUAUCCAACAUUUCAAUGGCAGUGACUUUUAUUUUGUUUGUGGUGAUAGUUUGCUACCACUUUUACGAGUACAUACUGAAGAAAGUUCCUGUUCUGCAGAGGCAGCAAAAUGCACUCAGACUGAGAAAAAUGAUUCCACGAGUUCGCAAACUGGAACUGGAGAAGAAAAACCACGAAGAAACCUGGACAAACGUGGACAAAUAUGAUCCGUACACUAAUGGAGUCAUGGAAGAAGCUGAUCCUGAUCGUUACAUCACUCCUCCCAUCAUCCGACCAGCCACAAGGCCGGAACAGCUGAGAGAGCCUGCCCUGGACGUGCUAGCCCCCCUCACUAUGGAGGACUACAGACCAGCCCCUCCCCCUCCUCAAGACAAUGCACCCAAAGUUACGCACACUGUCAUCGAUGUCGUGAAAGAGUAACAUUGUAUAAUUAUCUCCUAAUACUUAAGCUUGGUUUCGUUUUUUGAGCCCUCCUCAUUGCAUGCAUGCACACUGACUUUUGUAGACUAUAUUCAGCUAGUUUCUUUUUGCCAGCUAGAAAAUCAUUUAAUUAGUCAUUUCCUCAUGUACUCCUGUGUUGUACUGUUUAAUUGUACAAGUCCUGUUAUUCUUUUGUACUGCUUAUGUGCUCUAGCCUGGCGGCCUGCUCCUAGCGGCACCCUUUGUGUAUAUAUAUAUAGUGUAUGAGAGCUUCUGUUCCACUGUCUUUGGCAAGCUAUUUCCCUUGUUCAAAUUCAGAUAAGUUGGUAAAGUAAUGUUGAGUUCGUGCACUGUGUCUCCUCUCCCUCACAAAGACCAACCACACAACAACUCAAGGAGACAUUGCAAACAUCGCUUU